AUGGUAAAAAGGAAGCAAGUGGCGCGUCUAGCCAGUGAUCAACCUUCGAGAGCGAAGGCACAACCUUGGUCAAAUAUCGAGGAGGAGGCGUUAGCUAAGGCGUGGAUUCGCACCUCAAAAUGCUCCAUUGUUGGUAACAACCAAACCAGCUAUGGUUUUUGGAAAGAAAUACUAGCAAAAUUCCUUACGAUUAUGGAACAAGGUCCAUAUCGCGAUCUCGAUUCCGUCGCUUCGAAGUGGCGAAAGAUGCAUACGGUCGUCAACCGUUUUUGUGGGUAUUAUAACAAUUUAUAUACUAAUCGUCCAAGUGGGUGGAGUGACGAUGUCGUUUUUAAAGAGGCGAUGCGUAGAUACGAAGAUGAGCAUCGGGUCGUUUUCCCACACGUCCGGGCAUGGGAGGUUAUGCGAACCAAUAAGAAGUCGGUGCCGGUUCCAAACAAGGUUGCAAGCGCUAAACGAACAAAAACCUCGGAGACUGGAAGUUAUAGUGCGGUGGGUUCGGACGCACGAUGUCAAAUAAGUAUAAACGACGAGCCGGAAUUUGUCGACGAAUAG